AUGCGGCUUCUGGUGGUGAUUGUUUUGUUCGCGGUAAGUUAUUACAAUAAAAUAAAUAACCUUUCACUGUAAGAUGAUUAAUCCGGCCAAUUUAAGUGAGCUUGAAGUAUGUGAGAACUGUCAGAAGGUGCUGUACAUCACCUCCUUGUACUACAACAAACAACGCUCAAAGCCCUUUCUUCGCAGAAAGGUCAAGCACCUAUGCAAACGAUACUAUGAGGUAUGCAAAACUGUAAAAGUAAACCAUCUUUUCGUUCUUCGUGCUUGAGUACAGAAAAAAUUGUCUAAAACAACCGAAAAUUAUAUUUUUGAUCACGCUUUUUGAAGUUUCUAGAUAGUGUCUGCCGAAACUAUUAACCUACACUAUCUAAAGUGAAAACAAUAAAAAUUUCAUAAUGAGACAGUCAUAUUGGUACAAAAAGCAAUUUAGUUUUUACAAAAUGACACAAAAUCCAAUAUUCUCGUAGUAAAAUACCACACUUUCAGUACCGAAGACACUGCUUGGUCACUCUCGUCCCAAAAGCCGACCUAAUUGCUUUUACCAUUGAUAACGCCCUAGAAGGGGGUCAGUAUCAGCCAUCCGAGACCUGCACUUUAAUCUCCGAAUGCGAUAAAAAUCAAGCUCCGAUGAACUUCAGCGAAAUUAAUGUGGACGAGCUGGAUGGAAGUGGACUGGAUUUAUUUUUUGACCUGGACUAA